AUGCAAAAGAUGCAGGAAAUAGAACAGACAACAAAUGCUCAAGGUCUCCCAUCUAAUAGAAAUAUCCUUAAUAAACUGAUGGCAUUAAAUCCUGGAUCGAACAAUCAUAUAACUAAUAAUCACAACAAUAUGGGCAAUCCUGGUGCUUUGACUGGGCCAUCACAAGCUGCUUUGGCAAUGUCCAGUUAUCAGAAUUUUCUCAUGGGGCAAAACUCGAUGAAUUCAAGUCCUAGCUCACUUCAUCGAGAAGGGUCCCCUUUCAAUAACCUGAACCAAAGUUCCUCGUCAGAUUCUUUUCAAGGUGGUGCUAGUGUUGCUGCUAUAAUCCCUGGCUCUAUGCAGAAUUCACCUGACAAUAGUUGUGGUGGAUUCUCAAAUCAAACAUAA